AGUUUCCCUAUCUCACUUUAUUUUUCAAACCGCAAAUCGAACGAUCGAUCUUCCGCUUUUACAUACAUCUAACAUAUCAGGUCAAUGUUCAUCAAGUUAGACUACACAUCCACACGCAUCGGCGUUUACAACUUUGACAAUGCCUCCCGCGAAUCUUAUCACCAUGCCCUUAGAGGUCCUCAUCGAGAUCACAUCAUACCUUGACACACCCAGCUAUUGCGCCGUCCGUUUGACCUGUCGAGGUAUUGAAACGGCGCUAUUCAGAACAUUUGCCCAAAAGUACUUCCGCAAGAUCAGGUUCAUGCGCACCGACUUCAGCCUCCAGGUCCUCGUCGAUAUAUCAAAGUCUCGCUUUUCGUCUUAUCUUCAACACGUGAUCAUCUCGACACGACUUCUGAGCCCUAAACGAGGUUUCAGCGUCAGACGACCCCCUACGGAUGAGAGAGACAACGGACUAAUCAAAUUCAACCAACUAUGUUCCGAUCAAAUGGUGCUUCUAGAGACCAGUCACGACCAGGAGAUGCUCGUCGAGGCAUUCCGCAACCUCAACCUCCAGGUGGUCGAGGUCAACGAACAUGCGCCUACUUUUUUCCCAGGUCGUACACCUAUCACGCAGGGAAUGUCUUACAUUCUAAGGGAGACCUCGGUCGACGUUAGACUCGAUGAUAUUUCUAGUCAUUCCAACCCACGAAGACUGUACGCGAACUGCGUGCAAAACGUCCUACUUGCAUUAGGGAAAUCCGGUUCAAGGCCGAAACGAUUCGAGAUCGAAAUAUGCAGUACCAAAUUUGACGAUGACGCGCUCAAUAUUCCCAGCUUCAUGCGUAAAGUUGUCUCACCGGUACUGUCAAGUCUUGAAGCUAUGAAUAUCCGAGUUGGGACCAGAAGCCUAGCAUCUAAUCCACUAGGGAUGGACUCCCUAUCGGACAAGCUCGACACGUAUCACCUACGCAAAUUUCUCUCACAGUGCACUCAAAUCAAGCAUUUGCGCCUUGAGCAGUUACGACAUUUUGAUGGAUUUUUCGAGUGGCUAACAGCCCCAUGCUUGAAUGAGAGCUGCGGCAGGUUCCUCGGACUUGAGCCAGCUCAACCUCCGGUAUUCGCACAACUCCGCGAGUUGGAGCUCGGCUGGAUGGAGCUUGGUUUUAACGAUAUCACGGCCAUCCUUAAGAGAUUCUCCACAACUUUGCGCAAGUUGACCCUCCGUGACAUGACUCUCAAUCUACCUGACCCAUCCAAAGACGAGUUUGAAGAAUGGCCCAAAUCUAUCGCUUCCCUAGCCCGAAGCGCUCGUUGCCUUCAGGAAGUACACUUCCACCGGAUAGUCGUGGGGGCAGGACGCGCACGCAGAGAAUUGCUGUUCAACGAUAAGAAUGCCUUCUCCUACACUGGCCCUAACAUGGAAAAGGUGUUAGCAUGCAUGGUUGACAUGCUGCCAGAGGAGGACGCAUACGACCCAUAUGACUACGACGACGACGAGGACGAAGUACUCGACAUGAGCGACGAUGAGGAUCUGGCAGACUUCGAAGAGUAUCUAGAUUACGUCGAUGACUACGAUGACCUUAUUGACGGAAUAGAUGAGGGUCUAGCAGAGGACUUCAUGUACCAAACAAUCUUCGGCGCAUAGUCUUCCACAGCACGUCUGGAUCUUCGGUGAAUUCGCGGUAGCGUUAUCGAGAAAUCCAGACGACGACCAGUCAAUUGCGGGGUACAGAGAGCUUCUGUAUGAUUAGGGCGGGAAAAUAAGUAAUAUUUCCUUGAUGCUGGCUGCUAUUGGUAAUCUUGCAGAUGCGGGUAGGCUGAAGGCUUAGCUAAGGAAAUACGGAUAUUAGGCGUCUGGCACGCUGUCGCUAUGCUAGGAGGGAUAUUUAAAGGGGAACAUCAAAAUAAAACGGGGCGUGGUCAGAGGUUACGGGAACUAAGGGGGUAGAUAAAAUGGGUUUUGGUGCGACUUCCUUCACGGGGCCUUCAAUUACGGAACCUUCACCCUGGCUAUGCGAUAGAGGUAGAUAUUUUAGACCUCUAAUAAUCAACUGUGUUAUCGAAGAUGAAUUGCGACGACGAUGCGAACGCUGGACUCAUUUGUCCAUCCAACCUACUAGGUACACCAAAUACCUUAUAGGUUUAUAGCAGUUGUAUGCUGUAUAUCCACCUAGGGGAGCACCAGUAGACAUCGUAGAUACUGUAUUUACAGUAUGGAUA